GGCCUGUGGUUUCCAGACUUGGCCAGGGUGGGGCGGGACGGGCCCGGCCCGUACUCCAUUUCCCGGCAGGCAGUGCGGCCAGAGGGGCGCGGAACUCCAUUUCCCAGCAGGCUCCAGGCGGCGGGUGCCGCGGUGCCUUGUGUGGGAUGCCACCGCCCGCCGCCAUGGGGCUGAAGGCCGCCCAGAAGACGCUGUUCCCUCUGCGCUCCAUCGACGACGUGGUGCGCCUGUUCGCAGCCGAGCUGGGCCGAGAGGAGCCGGACCUGGUGCUCCUCUCCUUGGUCCUGGGCUUCGUGGAGCAUUUCCUGGCUGUCAACCGUGUCAUCCCCACUAAUGUACCUGAGCUCACCUUCCAGCCCAGCCCCGCUCCUGAUCCUCCCGGCGGCCUCACCUACUUCCCCGUGGCCGACCUAUCCAUCAUCGCUGCACUCUAUGCCCGCUUCACCGCCCAGAUCCGCGGCGCUGUCGACCUGUCCCUCUACCCGCGAGAAGGGGGCGUCUCCAGUCGCGAACUGGUCAAAAAGGUCUCCGAUGUCAUAUGGAACAGCCUCAGCCGCUCCUACUUCAAGGACCGGGCCCACAUCCAGUCCCUCUUCAGCUUCAUCACAGGUACCAAACUGGACAGCUCCGGUGUGGCUUUCGCAGUCGUAGGGGCCUGCCAGGCCCUGGGUCUCCGAGAUGUCCAUCUGGCCCUGUCUGAGGAUCAUGCCUGGGUGGUAUUUGGGCCCAACGGGGAACAGACAGCUGAAGUUACCUGGCACGGCAAAGGCAAUGAAGAUCGCAGGGGCCAGACAGUCAAUGCCGGUGUGGCUGAGCGGAGCUGGCUGUACCUGAAAGGAUCAUACAUGCGUUGUGACCGGAAGAUGGAGGUGGCAUUCAUGGUAUGUGCCAUCAAUCCUUCCAUCGACCUGCACACUGACUCAUUGGAGUUGCUGCAACUGCAGCAGAAGCUGCUCUGGCUGCUCUAUGACCUGGGACAUCUGGAAAGGUACCCCAUGGCACUAGGGAACCUGGCAGACCUAGAGGAGCUGGAGCCCACCCCUGGUCGGCCUGACCCACUUACCCUGUAUCACAAGGGCAUUGCCUCAGCUAAGACAUACUACCGAGAUGAGCACAUCUACCCCUACAUGUACCUGGCUGGCUAUCACUGUCGCAACCGAAAUGUUCGAGAAGCCCUACAGGCCUGGGCCGACACUGCCACUGUCAUCCAGGACUACAACUACUGCCGGGAGGAUGAGGAGAUCUACAAGGAGUUCUUUGAAGUGGCCAAUGAUGUUAUCCCCAAUCUGCUGAAGGAGGCAGCCAGCCUGCUAGAGGCAGGCGAGGAGCGGCCAGGGGAACAGGCCCAGGGUACCCAGAGCCAGGGUUCUGCCCUCCAGGACCCAGAGUGCUUUGCCCACCUGCUGCGAUUCUAUGAUGGCAUCUGCAAAUGGGAGGAGGGCAGUCCCACACCAGUGCUACAUGUGGGCUGGGCCACCUUCCUUGUGCAGUCCCUAGGUCGCUUCGAGGGACAGGUGCGGCAGAAGGUGCACAUAGUGAGCCGUGAAGCUGAGGCAGCAGAGACCGAGGAGCCAUGGGGGGAUGAGGCCCGCGAAGGCCGGAGGCGUGGUCCCCGCCGGGAGUCCAAGCCCGAGGAGCCGCCGCCGCCUAAGAAGCUCGCCUUGGACAAGGGCCCCAGCUCUGGUCAGGGUGCAGGGUCAGGACCGCCCCGGAAGCCACCAGGGACUCUCCCGGGUACGGCCCGCGGUCCCGAGGUGGGCAGCGCUGCUCAGGCGCCGGCUCCCGCUGCGUCCCCACCCCUGGAUGGGCCGGUGCUCACUUUCCAGAGCGAGAAGAUGAAAGGCAUGAAGGAGCUGCUGGUGGCCACCAAGAUCAACUCGAGCGCCAUCAAGCUGCAACUCACCGCGCAGUCGCAAGUGCAGAUGAAGAAGCAGAAGGUGUCCACACCCAGCGACUACACCCUCUCUUUCCUUAAGCGGCAGCAGCGCAAGGGCCUCUGAACUGUGGGGGAUUCGAACUGUGCUGGGACCAGUCCCCGCCAAUACUGCCCAUCAAGCUUCACCCUGGUCCCCCACUCCAGCCCCAGGGGUUCUAGGUCUGCCCUGCGGCCUGUUUACAGACUACAUACCAUGACUGGAACAUGCAGUUAGCUCCAGCCCAGACCUCGGGCCGGGCUCGGUUCUUAGAGUAUAGGUCUCCUCUCCCAGGAUCCCAGCCGGUCAGUUGGAACCUCAUCGUAGGCCCGUGUAGCCAAUCAUCAAAGGUCCAACCCCUGAAAUUCAGUGGAACGCAGGCGGAACCCGGGUUCCUUCCUUCGGAGCUCUGAGGAUGCCCUAGAUCUCACCUGUAACCCGGGACCCAGGACCCCGUCCUACCCUCUGCGGUACAUUUCCGCACCUCAGAUUUCCAUCCUUUGGGAAUCCAAGCCCCUACCCCGUAGACCUUCGUACUGCUGCCUGGAUUUGGAAUGCUAGCUGCCGUGCCCCGAGCCCGAGCCGGGACACUGAUCCUGAGCCCCUCUCCUUCCUGACCAAGCUGGCCCGGGAUCAGAGCGGGCCCUCCUCGGACCCUCCGAGAGCCGGCCUAUCUCGGGGGACCCGGGAGGAAAUUGCAGGGGGGGAGGGCUAGCUUCUUCCUGUUUUGUACAUAGAUUUAUUUUUCAGUUCCAAGGAAGAUGAAUA